AUGGCAAAGAAGGUGGCAGUAAUCGGAGCUGGCGUCAGUGGCUUGGCCUCCAUACGGUGCUGUCUGGAAGAGGGGCUGGAGCCCAUCUGCUUUGAAAGGAGCAAUGAUGUUGGAGGCCUGUGGAAAUUCUCGGAACAUGUAGAAGAAGACAGAGCCAGCAUUUACCCGUCUGUAUUCACCAACUCUUCCAAGGAGAUGAUGUGCUUUCCAGACUUCCCAUACCCUGAGGAUUACCCCAACUUCCUGCACCAUGGCAAGCUCCAGGAAUACAUAAGGACAUUUGCUGAAAAGAAUAAUCUUUUAAGAUAUAUACAGUUUGAGACCCUGGUUUCUAGUGUAAAGAAAUGUCCCAGCUUCUUAGUUACUGGUCAAUGGGAAGUUGUUUCAGAAAAGAAUGGGAAGCAGGAAUCAACUGUUUUUGAUGCUGUAAUGGUUUGUUCAGGACAUCAUGUGUACCCCAAUCUGCCUAAUGAUUCUUUUCCUGGCCUAGACCAGUUUCAGGGCCACUACCUCCACAGCCGGGAGUAUAAGGGCCCAGAAGCCUUCAAGGGGAAGAGAGUCCUUGUGAUUGGCCUGGGGAACUCAGGAUGUGACAUUGCUGUUGAGCUCAGUCGUCUGGCUACACAGGUCAUGAUCAGCACCAGAAGUGGUUCCUGGGUCAUGAGCCGGGUUUGGGAUGACGGCUAUCCUUGGGACAUGGUGUAUAUUACCCGGUUUGCAUCCUUUCUCCAGAAUGCCCUUCCUUCAUUCCUCUCUGAUUGGUUAUACGUGAAGAAGAUGAACACAUGCUUUAAGCAUGAGAACUACGGCCUGAUGCCUUUAAAUGGUGCCCUGAGGAAAGAGCCUGUGUUCAAUGAUGAGCUCCCAUCACGCAUCCUGUGUGGCACACUGUUCAUCAAGCCUGGUGUGAAGGAGUUCACAGAAACCUCAGCCGUGUUUGAGGAUGGGACCGUGUUUGAGGCCAUUGACGUUGUCAUCUUUGCAACAGGCUAUGCAUACGCCUACCCCUUCCUUGAUGACUCCAUCAUCAAAAGCAGAAACAAUGAGGUCACCUUGUUUAAAGGCAUCUUCCCCCCAAUGAUGGAGAAGCCAACCUUGGCCGUGAUUGGCUUAGUCCAGUCCCUUGGGGCUGCCAUCCCCACAGCGGACCAGCAAGCCCGCUGGGCUGCUAAAGUGUUUGCAAACUCAUGUACCCUGCCAACUACAAAGGAAAUGAUGGAUGAUAUUGAUAUGAAAAUGGGGAAGAAACUCAAGUGGUUUGGCCAAAGCCAGACUUUGCAGACAGAUUACAUCACAUACAUGGACGAGCUGGGCUCCUUCAUAGGGGCCAAGCCUAACAUACCAUGGCUCUUCCUGACUGAUCCCCAGCUGGCGCUGCAGGUGUUCUUUGGUCCUUGCAGCCCAUAUCAGUUUCGACUUAUGGGACCAGGAAAGUGGGAUGGGGCCAGAAAGGCCAUCUUGACCCAAUGGGACCGGACAGUAAAGCCAAUCAGGACAAGAGCAGUCAGUGAAGCUCACAGACCACAACCUUUUUACAACUUGUUUAAAAUUAUUUUAUUUCCACUGCUUCUUCUACCUGUUUUGCUUGCAUUUUAUUAAUGAGCGGGUUCUUGGGUCUCAGAGUUCAGCCUAGAAGUUCAAUUACUGAUAUGCCUAUACAUGUACACAUAUAAAAUCUCAUAGCUGCUCUUUCCCUUCCUGUAGAUGUAAAAAUGAAUUCUGGCCCAUUUGACUCAAAGUCCAAAUAAUGAAAAAUACUCAGCAUCUCCUUUUUCAUAAGAAUCUUACUCUAAAAGUCUGAAUUGGCAAGUUUAGAGAUGCUUAGUAUAAAGAAGAUGGGACAGUAAAUGGGAGGACAGCUUUGCAGGCCGAACAAACUUUAAUAAACUUUUUAAAGGGUGUUUUGUCAUGGGGAGAAUGGACAUCACAACCACGUUGAGUCUUCCAACCUCUGACACACUAUAUCUUUCCAUUUAUUUAGAUCUUCUUUAAUUUCUCAGUAGUAUUUUAUAGUUUUUUAGUGUAUAAGUCUUACCCAUCCUGUUUCAGAUUUAUCCUAAGUAUUUAAUAUGUGGGAUGUUAUUAUAAAUAGCAGUUUAAUUUUUAAUUUGCUACUGUUUAUUGCUAAAAUAUAGAAAUGCAAUUAUCUGUUAUAUGAA